GUCUACACACACCAUUAAUAAAACAAAACAAAUCGCUAAUUACACUAAGAAUGUCUUGCCAAGAGCUGCAGAGAGUUGAAAAUUCAAUAGUCGUGCCGUAUACGGAUACCUAUGCCUCGGGACUACAGGUUGUGGAAUGUCUACUCAGUAAAGGAUUCCUUCAACGCGAUAUCGAUGUACUAAAAGCUGCCGGAUAUGUGACCCUGGAUAGUAUAGCCCAGGUCGCUUCCAAGACACUAUUGGAGGUCAAGGGACUGAGUGAGCAGAAAGUAGCAAAGAUCAAAGAAAUUGUUAAAGAACUAUGCCCACCAGAUAUAUGUACAGCGGCUGAAUAUCUUGAAUGUAGACUCAAUCUAAUCAAGUUUACCACGGGUUCUACAGCACUUGACGCUUUGUUGCAAGGCGGUAUUGAAUCUGGCAGCAUUACCGAAAUUAUAGGUGACUUUAGCACCGGCAAAACUCAACUAUGUCACACUCUAGCAAUUACAUCCCAACUGCCUAUUGAGCAGAAUGGCGGAGAAGGGAAAUGUCUAUGGAUAGAUACCCAAAAUUCGUUUAGACCUGAAAGACUAGGCCCGAUUGCAAAUCGUUUUGGGCUAUCACACGCGGAAUGCGUGGCGAAUAUCGUAUACGUUAAGGUGUCCAAUACUGAGCAACAAUUUGAUAUGCUUGUUGAGGCAGCCCAUUACAUGGCGCAAUCAAGGUUUGCCAUGUUAAUCGUAGACAGUGCAACUGCACUAUAUAGGACAGACUACACAGGACGUGGUGAGCUAGCAGCCAGGCAGAUGAGCCUUGGCAAGUAUUUCAGAGCUCUGAAGCGCCUAGCAGAUAUUUACGGUGUCGCAGUAGUUGUGACUAACCAGGUAAUGGCAAGAGUCGAUAAUAUGUCCUCCUUUAUGGGUGGGAAUGACAAGGUCCCAGUGGGUGGCCAUGUAGUUGCUCAGAACACUCAAACCAGACUGUUCUUGAGAAAAGCGAGAGGUAACAGCAGAGUGUGCAAAGUCUAUAAUUCACCAUCACUACCGGAAGGUGAAGCUGUUUUUGCAAUCGCAGAAGGAGGUAUAGUGGAUUAUGACGAUAGCUCUGUAUGACCAGAAAGUACCAUUAUUGGUUUUGUCUGUGAGAUCAAUCAUCCAGGUUUGAUGAUGAGAGCAUUUUUGAACCUUGAUAAUUGUUAACAAGGGAUUUAGGCCACACUCCGAUGUUAAUUUUAUACGGCACGAUUUUUAAUGGGCACGUUUCCGUGAACAUUUAAAUAGUACGAGGCACGGGGAACACUUAACUGUCCACCUAUGCACAAUGCAAUCGGUCAUAUAACCACAAUUACUAAUUAUCUAUAGUCAUUAUACGUAGCGAUACAUUAAAU